AUGAAUCCUAGAAAAUAACUAUCUUCCCUGUAGGCGUUAUGCUUACUGCUGUAGGUUAGAAUCAGCAACUUAUUUAAAAGGAAAAAUACAUAUAAUUUUUCGUUGUAGAAGCAUUCUGCAAUAUUUGCUACUAUUCCUUUACUUUCCCUGGAUACACAACUCAACUUACUGUUUCAGAGGGUAUCAUAGUACAUUCGAUGCAAAAUAAUUUGAACGCUAGUUAAUGAAAUGGUAUCAUCCGCCAAUUAACUUUUGCUUACAGAGUCAGGAUCCCACACAAUAAAUAUUUCUAGUUCAAUAUUAAUAAGAUUUUUGUCGCAGUGGAGGUGGGUUGGGGGGCUACAGACCCGAGAUAAGAGCGAAAAAUUGAUAAUUUCGAGCGCUUUUUUGUUGAUAUGAACAGCUUAAGACAUUGUGAUUUUAACAGUGGCCACAUAUCGCAUACAAAGUACUUUUAUCAUUAUAAGGUGCUAAUAAAAAAGUAAUUAAUUGGGGCUAUCUUUAAAAUUGCUGAACAUAUCUCAAAUUGCUGCUUUAUCUUAACGCAAUGACAAUUCAUAACAAAGGUAACGAUCGGUUACAAAUUCUACAUUAUAGAGUGCUAAUAAAAAAGUAUUAAUUGGGGGCUAUCUUUAAAAUUGCUCUACAUAUCUCAAAACGCUGCUUUAUCUUAACGCAAUAACAAUUCAUAACAAAAGCAACGUUCGGUUACAAAUUCUACAUACGCCCUUUUCCACUUCCCUUCUACCUAGAUUUCCCCUCCCUCGCAUAGUUUUGCUCGAAAUGGGCGUGGCUUUUAGGUUUUAAGAAUAGUGCUUGGGGUUGUCACUUAGUUAGUAGCGAACGUUUGAUUUAUUAUAGCCGGUAUGUAAAAAAAGAUAUUUUUCACUAAACAUCAAAUGCCCAGUAAGUAACGAUACAGUAUGCAAUUACGAAGGAAUAUCCGGUUUUGUGAAAUGUCGUCAGUCUUUUGUCACAGCUGUUGGCAAUAGUGACUCAUUCGCUGUCGUUCGGGUCGGUGGUCGUUAGGACCUGAGCAACGUUUUGUAGUUUUGUGUCAUAAAGUAAUUUUGCCACCAUUCCGAAUAUCAUGGCUGCUAUUCGUAAGAAACUAGUAAUUGUAGGUGAUGGUGCAUGUGGUAAAACUUGCCUUUUGAUAGUGUUUAGCAAGGAUCAGUUUCCAGAAGUCUAUGUGCCCACAGUAUUUGAAAACUACGUAGCCGAUAUUGAAGUUGACGGCAAACAAGUCGAAUUGGCUUUGUGGGAUACAGCUGGUCAAGAGGAUUAUGAUAGGCUUCGGCCUUUGUCAUAUCCAGAUACCGAUGUUAUUCUUAUGUGCUUCUCCAUCGAUUCGCCUGAUUCCUUGGAAAAUAUACCAGAAAAGUGGACUCCAGAAGUAAAACACUUCUGCCCAAACGUUCCUAUCAUCUUGGUUGGAAACAAGAAAGAUCUGAGAAGUGAUCCACACACUAUAAAGGAGCUUGGUAAAAUGAAGCAGGAACCUGUAAAACCAGCAGAAGGAAGAGCCAUGGCAGAAAAAAUAAAUGCAUUUGCCUAUCUUGAAUGUUCUGCAAAAAGCAAGGAAGGAGUACGUGAAGUUUUUGAAACAGCAACAAGAGCCGCCCUUCAAGUCAAGAAGAAGAAAUCCGGCAGGUGCAGGCUGUUUUAAGCUGCGAAAACUUUGAUUAUAGUGAGUUCAUUUUCAGUAUUUGUAUUCAAAGUUUUAGUAACAGGUUUGCCGAAAAUUAAAUAAAUUGAAACUUUAAAUAUUUAGUGCUUGUUAGAAUAUAUGCUGUUAGAUUUCAAGAACUUAAUGGGAACUCGAUGUGCAAUCACAGUGCGUGUGUUUAGUGUUCGUUUCAAACACUAGAUAAUUUUGAGGAUCCAUUCUAGGCAGUGUUAUGGAAUAGGCAUAUCCGAAUGUUUUGUUGCAUUUGUAAUGUAAUAUUCCAAUCGUUGCAAAUGAUAUUGACUGUAGUAAGAUACUUCCAUAGUAUCAUAAAUCAACAGAAAGUUGCCCCCCCCCCCCCCCUCUUGUCUUAUGAUGAGUGACCAUUGGUGUUGUGUGUAUUUGUAUUAAUUUGGGGAACGAAGGACAAAUGGAUGUAUGGACAGGUACAUGUAAGAAAGAAUUGUUAAGCUUUAAGCAGUUCAUUUAUUGCUUCAUACAUUUAGUAAUCAGUCAGCAAGAAGUCUUGUUAGCCUUCUGGUCAUUCAGCUGUAAGUAUGAUAGUGUAUGUUAGCAUUCCAGCUUGCAGCAGUUGACAUGUUUGCAUCCUUAUAGGAUAAUGAUUUGUUGAAUGUUAGUGCUUCAGUUCUGAGCUAUAUGUACCUGCAAGCAGUAAGCUAUAAAAGAAAUCAUGAGGUUUUGUUGAAAUCAUCCCCCCCCCCCCCCUCUCUCUCUCUCUCUCUCUCUCUCUCUCUCUCUCUCUCUCUCUCUCUCUCUCUCUCUCUGACUGCAAUAUACAGGUAACUGCAUUGGUGUCGCUCUUGUCAUUUGGGUAAGGCUGAAACUUUUUAAGACUUAUUAAAUUAUGUGCAGCCUGACAAAACUUGGCAAAAUUAAAUGUAUUGAAGUGCAAACAUUACCUUCAUUAUAAUUAAUGAACUUUAUUUCAGUAAGUGGUUGGGGCUUAUAUCCAACAUUUGUGAUUUUAAACAGCUAUAGGAAAUCAUGAUGUGCCAAGUAUCUAGUGUGAAUAAAUGUCUUAAUUUGUUUUAUCCAAUAUUUAUAUCCCUGUUUCCACUAAACUGAUUAUUUUAUAAAAGAUUUUGUCCAAAUCUUUAUAUUAGACUUUGUUAAAAAUCUUUGCAUUUAAGAACAGAAUUUACAUAAUUCUGCAAAUGUUGUUGUGUAGCAUAAACACCUCUUUUUUGAUUUUGCCAUAUUUAUGUAUAAAUUAUUUUCUGGUCUCAAGACUGACAGUCAUGUCUUAACACUCAUGUUUGUGAUAUAUAUAACUUAGCCAUAUUUAAAGCAAUUUUUUGUUUCUUUUAAUACUAUUAUGAUCAUGAUACUGUCUCCAUAUAUCAGAGUAUUUCUGUUAUUUGUACAAUGGUUUGAAUAGUGUGAUUUUCACAUUUUGAAGUUUGAAUUUCAAAAGAAAUAGUAACCUGUUAGAAAAUGCAACUUGUCUGUAACUAUAAAUGAUAAAAUUAAGCUGCAGUGCGAAGGACUGAAAUCAAUAACUUGGUGCUAGUGUAGCAGCUAUUCUCUUUUUCUGCAUAUAAUCUUGUUGCUUAAAGGUUUUUUAGUUUGAAGAGAGUAUUAAUUUUAUUGACACAUUUUUUUAUCUGAGAGGUAGAGUAAUAAUGGAUAUGAGAAAUAUAUUUUUACUUACUUUCAUACUGUUUUUGAGUUUGUAUUGGUUAUAGGACAAUUUAUCCCUUAAAAAUUAAUCUUAAAGAAGAAAUAUAUAAUCUCUCCUGUUGGAAACAAGGUUACAGCACAAUUAAUAGCUUGUUUUUAUCAUGGAAGUAUUAAAAGUACUUUUAGGUAAUGUUUCAAAAUGUGGCUGCAAGUUCUUUUGGGAGAAUAAGGUGCUGAAAAAAAUAUUUUGUUAAACCCUGUCCGAAUUCAUUUAUUGCAGUAAAGCAUUCUGAGCUUUUUAUAAUUAAGGUCCAGAUUUACAUAUUGUCCAUUGUAUUAAUUAAAUGUAACUUAGAAGUGGAAUGAAUAUUUUGAUAUAAAAAAUAA